CUCAAACUACAAACGCAAGACGAUCACAAGAACCUCGCAAGUCUUACCAUGAAAAGAGCCUCAGUUUCUCUGUUUUCUCUCUUAAUUCGUCAUAAGCACAGACCAAUUCAUCCUCUUUCAUCCAGAAAUUAUGUUUCUGAUCCUCCUCUCACUUCAUCUUCUUCACUUCUCUCUCCUGCUCAUUGCAGCGGAACUUGUUCCAAGUCCCAUGGCUUAAUCUUCAAACCCAACCGAUUUCUAGCAAACCCAUCUCGGAAUCUCGACACUCUUGCAGAGUCAGUACAGUUGUCCUCUAGACAGAGGAAAGUGAAGCAAAAAUCCGACCUUGAAGAGGCCUUCGAGUCUGCACAAACCGCGGAAGAAAUGCUGAAGGCUUUCAAAAAAAUGGAAGCAUCUUUUGAUGAAAGAGAACUCGGCUUGGCUUCUUUGAAAGUCGGUCUCAAGCUUGACCAAGAAGGUGAAGACCCUGCAAAGGUUCUCUCUUUUGCUGAUCGAGCUUUGAGAGCUUUGGAUAAUGGUGAUAAGCCUUCUUUGGUCGUUGCCAUGGCUCUGCAAUUGAUGGGUUCUGCUAAUUAUAACUUGAAAAGGUUUAAUGACUGUUUGGGUUAUCUUAAUAGGGCUAAUAGGAUAUUAGGCACGUUAGAGGAAGAGGGUCUUAAUGCUGAGGAUGUUAGGCCGGUUCUGCAUGCAGUGCAGCUAGAGUUGGCUAAUGCAAAGACAGCAAUGGGAAGGAGGGAGGAGGCUCUUGUGAAUCUCAAGAAGUGCUUGGAGAUUAAGGAGAUGACGUUGGAGGAAGAUAGCCGGGAACUAGGCGUGGCUAAUAGGGAUUUGGCCGAAGCUUAUGUUACAGUUUUGAAUUUUCAGGAAGCAUUGCCCUUUGCUUUAAAAGCACUUGAGAUACAUAAGAAAGGAUUGGGAAACAAUUCAGUUGAGGUUGCUCAUGAUAGGAGGCUUCUUGGAGUUAUCUAUAGUGGGUUGGAGGAGCAUGAGAAGGCAUUAGAGCAGAAUGAGUUGUCUCAGAAAGUUCUGAAGAACUGGGGUCUUGGUUCCGAGUUGCUUCGUGCUGAGAUUGAUGCUGCAAAUAUGCAGAUUGCUUUGGGAAGGUAUGAUGAGGCUAUCGAAACUUUGAAGGAUGUUGUCCACCAGACAGAUAAAGAUAGUGAGACCAGAGCAUCAGUGUUUAUAUCAAUGGCAAAGGCAUUAUCUAACCAGGAAAAGUUUGCUGACUCCAAGAGGUGUUUGGAGAUUGCUUGUGGAAUUCUUGACAAAAAAGAGACAACCUCUCCUGUGGAGGUUGCAGAGGCAUACUCUGAGAUUUCGUUGCAGUAUGAGACUAUGAAUGAGUUUGAGACUGCAAUUUCAUUGUUAAAGAGGACUCUGGCUCUACUUGAGAAACUCCCUCAGGAGCAACACUCUGAGGGAAGUGUUUCCGCUAGGAUAGGUUGGUUACUUUUGUUGACAGGUAAGGUGGCUCAAGCGAUUCCUUACUUGGAGAGUGGAGCAGAGAGACUGAAAGAAAGUUUUGGUCCCAAGCAUUUUGGAGUUGGAUAUAUUUAUAACAAUUUGGGGGCAGCAUAUCUGGAACUAGAUAGACCUCAGUCUGCAGCCCAGAUGUUUGCUGUUGCAAAGGACAUCAUGGAUGUCUCACUGGGUCCUCAUCAUGCUGAUGCAAUUGAAGCAUGCCAGAACCUUUCUAAAGCAUAUGGUGCCAUUGGAAGCUAUACCCUUGCAAUGGAAUUCCAGCAGCGCGUAAUUGAUGCCUGGGAAAGCCAUGGACCGAGUGGUCAAGGUGAACUUUUGGAAGCCAAACGACUACUUGAACAAUUAAAGAUAAAGGCUCGUGGUUCAUCAACUAGCCGGCUUCCUAUAAAAGCCUUGCCAUUGCCCCAGACUAGUAUUUCAGCUAGAAAUGCACAAUCAAAUCAUCCUGAUAAUGAAAAACCAGUUGCAAAACUUUCAACCAGGUAACCAUGGCAGUUUUCUUCCAGUAAGCCCAUAUAGCAUUAUUUGGCAUUUUUAUCAGAUGCUAUGUACCAUAUACUGAUAUAUAUAUAUAUAUAUAUAUAUAUAUAUACGGCAUUUUAGGGAGUAGAUUUAUGAGAAUUAGGAGAACAGGAGAUUUGUGUAUUUGUCUUGGUGAUUCUAUAAGAUGCACCCACCAACAUCAGUGCAUUUCUUAUGCUGGUAUUGGCUAUACUGAUAUGCAGUGUUGGUAUAUUUUCAUUUUCU